GGCCUGCACACACGCACACAGACGCACGCAAAGUGGAAUGCUGUCGCCGUCUUGCUGGGAAAAGUGGCACUCAGCACAAGAGUGAAGAAGACUGCGCUCAUUUACCAUGAGCUGUUUGGAUGUUAUGUACCCAGCCUAUGGACAUUACGCCUCAUACGCAGCUCCUGCUUUCAUCAACACACUACAGACUCCCACUGGUGUGAGUAGUACCUCACCUCUGUGCCGGGAUUUUAUGGACACUCCCAGGGCUCCAGAGGGAAUGUCCGCCGUUCAGGGCUCCGUUGGCGGAUCGACGACCUCGUCAUCUUCGUCCGCAUCGUCAUCAUCAUCAUCUUCUUCUUCUGCCUCCUCAUCUUCCUCUUACACGCCCGCGGCCUCACGGCCCGAUGAGGGCCCCAAGGACAAGCAGGAGGGCCCCGAGGCCGAGUACCUGAGCUCGCGCUGUGUGCUUUUCACCUACUACCAGGGGGACAUCAGCAGCGUGGUGGAUGAGCACUUCUCUCGGGCCCUCAGCUCCUAUAUGGACGGGGAAGGCAAGCGGCGAAUUUCGGAGCAACAGGCCGCUGGUACCCCAGGUAUGGUGGUCAUUUGCUACGUGCGGAUUACACAUGACUCACAAAAAAAAUCUGCGUGAAAUUUCAGAAUGAACUUAAAAUGCACCGCGACAUUUACGGUAGAGCUGAGCGAUAUGUAAACAAUCUUCUAUCACAAUCUAUGAUAUAAUUCAAGUCCCUGUAAAGUAAAUAUUUAGAUUUGUUUCUAAAUACAACCUGUGGAGAUGUGGUAAAUAAUGAGAAUAGGAGACAGUAGAUUGACAGUUGUGUCCCAUUUACUCGCCACACCAAAACUGACGGUUUAAACAACAAGUAGCGGCCGUUUUGACCGCUUAUGAGAGAUUCGAUGAAGCGCUUUUGCUAUGGUGAAUCUGGGGGUGGCUGUGUGGUGACCCACAAUGGAGAGACACAUUCACCAGGAAUUUGUACCUUUGAUGGAGUGCAGGGACUUGACAUGUUUCCCCAUUGUCGGUCAGUCACCACAAUAAACAAGCUUGAAAGUAACUGCUGAAAACAAGUAAAGACUGAGAACUAUAUGCAGUACCGAAUUGUGGCGAUCUGUUUGUGCUCAGGUAUUUUUUUUUUUUUUGUGGUCAUGGCUAAAACGGUUAAAACAUUUGAUUGACUGUCAACAGCUGAGAGCAGCGUGGUUCCAGCAUACUAGGUGGACACACCCACAACCUUUGUGAGCGGAGACACGGGCAUGAUUUUUCUCAACAUUUUUUAAAGCUUUAUCUUAAGUAGAUGAAGAUUUUUUUUUUUUUAAAUCAUUAACAUUUGGCAGGGUUGUCAAUAGCACUAUUGGUGUUCUGUGGUGUGUUGAAUUUUGAAGACUUAUUUAUUCGAUGAUUAUUUUUAUUGUUUAGAUUUAUUUUGCUUUGCAGGGACUGUGAGCAUAAUUAUCCCCAAAAUAUUGGUCAGUUCAAAAUUUUAGAACCUUAAGUGCAUUCAAAUUUUGAGGUAUCUGAAAAACUUCCAAAUGUUUGAAGCAAAUCUUACUAUAUUGUAUCACUGAGGCGAUAUUAUCAUGCUGGUCAGUCUGCACGGGGUCUUUCUGAUCUCACUUUUGUAACGUGUAAUGUCAGUUUGACAUGGCAGCUCACAACCGAUGCUGCGUUUUAAAGGUGGCAGAGUUGCCUUUGUGAGAUAUUUUGAGGCACACAGGAUGAGUAUCAGACAUCAGGGUAUAAGGGGUCGGGGGUAAUGAAGUUCUCGGUUGCUAUAUAAGUCCAAGGGUCACUUUGUUGAGUUCAGAGGAUAAAGAAUAUAUACUCCCUUGACAAUUGUUAUGUUGGCUGUCGACAUUUGUUGAUGCGCCGCUUGCGUUCAAAUAUUUAUUGCUUAAAAUAUU